UCCUGAUGCCCAGCCUGGAGAUCUGUUAGUUACCGUGGGUUACCAUCCUCCUUUCUGUCCGUGUGUCGGUAUCCCUUCACCCCUCCCAGCAUCUCUCUUUCGGAGGAUCCUGCCUGCAUGCCGUAUCCCAGGAUAAUUCCUUCUGGAGAUCCUGGGACUUCUGUUUGGUGUCCAGGUCUUUUCUGCUUUUCCUCCUACCUGCUGAUCCUGGUGUUCCCUACUCAGGGAUCACCCAGUCAGCAAAAGAAGAUCUUUUUCUUGGGAGAUGGGCACAAGCUGAAGGACUGGCAUGACAAAGAAGCCAUCAGAAGGGAUGCUCAGCGUGUAGGAAAUGGAGAACAAGGGAGACCUUAUCCCAUGACCGAUGCUGAGAGAGUGGAUCAGGCGUACCGAGAAAAUGGAUUUAACAUCUACGUCAGUGAUAAGAUCUCCCUGAAUCGCUCUCUCCCUGAUAUUCGGCACCCAAACUGCAACAGCAAACGCUACCUGGAGACGCUCCCCAACACCAGCAUCAUCAUCCCUUUCCACAAUGAGGGCUGGUCCUCCCUCCUCCGCACCGUCCACAGCGUGCUGAACCGCUCACCCCCGGAGCUGAUCGCCGAGAUUGUGCUGGUUGAUGACUUCAGUGAUCGAGAGCACCUGAAGAAGCCACUUGAAGACUACAUGGCCCACUUCCCCAGCGUGAGGAUUCUCCGAACAAAGAAACGGGAAGGGCUGAUAAGGACCCGGAUGCUGGGGGCCUCGGCAGCAAUCGGGGAUGUCAUCACAUUCUUGGACUCACACUGUGAAGCCAACGUCAAUUGGCUCCCCCCCUUGCUCGACCGCAUUGCUCGGAACCGCAAGACCAUCGUGUGCCCGAUGAUCGACGUGAUUGACCACGACGACUUCCGGUACGAGACCCAGGCAGGGGAUGCCAUGCGGGGCGCCUUUGACUGGGAGAUGUAUUAUAAGCGGAUCCCGAUCCCUCCAGAACUGCAGAAGGCUGACCCCAGUGACCCAUUUGAGUCUCCAGUGAUGGCCGGCGGGCUGUUCGCCGUGGAUCGGAAGUGGUUCUGGGUGCUGGGCGGGUACGACCCAGGCCUGGAGAUCUGGGGAGGGGAGCAGUAUGAAAUCUCAUUCAAGGUGUGGAUGUGUGGGGGCCGCAUGGAGGACAUCCCCUGCUCCAGGGUGGGCCAUAUCUACAGGAAGUAUGUGCCCUACAAAGUCCCCGCUGGAGUCAGCCUGGCCCGGAACCUGAAGCGCGUGGCCGAAGUGUGGAUGGACGAGUACGCGGAGCACAUCUACCAGCGCAGGCCCGAGUACCGCCACCUCUCCGCGGGCGACGUGGCCGCGCAGAAGAAGCUCCGCAGCUCCCUCGGCUGCAAGAGUUUCAAGUGGUUCAUGACCGAGAUCGCCUGGGACCUGCCCAAGUUCUACCCGCCUGUGGAGCCCCCCGCCGCAGCCUGGGGGGAGAUUCGCAGUGUGGGCACAGGACUGUGUGCGGACACCAAGCACGGGGCCCUGGGCUCCCUGCUGAGGCUGGAGAGCUGCGUCCGGGGCCGUGGGGAGGCCGCCUGGAACAACAUGCAGGUAUUCACCUUCACCUGGAGAGAAGACAUCCGGCCCGGAGACCCCCAGCACACCAAGAAGUUCUGCUUUGACGCCGUCUCCCACACCAGCCCGGUCACCCUGUACGACUGCCACAGCAUGAAGGGCAACCAGCUGUGGAAGUACCGGAAGGACCGGACCCUGUACCACCCCGUCAGCGGCAGUUGCAUGGAUUGCAGUGAGAGUGACCACAGGAUCUUCAUGAACACCUGCAACCCCUCCUCUCCCACCCAGCAGUGGCUGUUUGAACACACCAACUCAACAGUCCUGGAAAAAUUCAAUAGAAACUGAGCUCACGCGUCUCCGCGGCAGGCUGGUGGGGCUGUCCCUGCCACUCACCGCAGCCUCCUCUCCGGAGGGGGAGGGGGCAGGGCUUCCGCGGACACCGUGACGCAAAGGUGCUGGCCAGUCAGUCCAGGGCAAAGCGGGCUCGUGAACUGGGGCCAGGCAUCUGCCUGGUCCUGGAGGCUCUGAGCGGUGCAGGCAGUGUGGAGAGCAGACCCCAUACGUGGUCCCACGAGAAGCAAAGCCUGCUUGAACCUUCUCCACUCUGUCACUAUGUUCCCUCGAGCACUCUGCCAGGGCAGCCCUGGGCUAACUGAGGCUCGUCUGUGACAGUCCUUUCGGAAGAGGCGAAGUGCCUGUUGGGCAGCUGUGAGCACGCUGCCCCCGUCUGCAGCAGAAGAGGGCGUGCCUCGGGCCGCUGGGGUCAGCCUUCGAGAGCUUGCCUGUCGUGGGGUCUGUUCUCGGUCACAGCCCAGGUCAUGCAGCCGCAGGCCAUACCUGGGCCCUCGGAGUGCUCAGUCCUGAGCCCUGGCCAGCUGCCAGGCCUGGGGUCAGCCGCCGGACCCUCAGACGCUCCUCUGCAGCCGUUGCUCUCUGGUUACCUGAAAUGCCCCCCUUGGCGCCCUCCCGGCACCAGGGCAGCCCAGCCGCUGCUUUUCCAGACUGAUUCAGACGGCCGAGGGCGCGUGGAAGAGGCCUAGUAAGAUCUCCAAACUCCACGCUCGGCCGAAGGUCCCUGGCCCUGGCCUCCAUGUCUCUCCUCUUCCCUCCCUCCCCUCUCCCUCUCGCAGCCACUCGCCUCAGGAGGGGAACAGAGUGCGGGUGCUCACCUCACAAAGUCUGGAGGCCUUCAGGGCAGACCACAGCCAAGAGGCCUAGUCUCUGACCUCAUCACCGUUCUAGUUCUCACACUGAACUGGAGAAUCUUUAAAGAACUCUGUCAUUUGAUCCCAGACUAGAAUGCUGCGCAGGACUCUGGCAUCCAGUGUGGGUUCUAGCAUGUUGUGGUUAAAGGAGCCAGCCAGCCACAGUACAGUGGAGGCAGCCCUCAGCCUAGGACAGUCAGUGAAACCCGGGUUGGUGGUGCUGGGGGAGGCGGGGCUGUCCAUCUCCCUUCCAGAGGCCUUGUUAGGACAGGGUCCUCCGCAGACCUGAAGCCCUGCAGCCUCCCGUCUGCGUCAGGGGAGCCAGUGGAGAAGAGAACCCCGUGUUCCCGGGACAGAUGCACACCCAGCUCCAUGCCAGUCCUUCCUGUUUACCUUUUACUUUGUUAAUUACAUGUCAGACUCCCCCAGGGCUCCCCAACUAAUAGGAAGCAUUUCUGUAACCAGCCUGCCUCCCACUGAUUCAGAAAUGGAAAUCGCAUUCUACAGCCUAUGGCUUCCAUCAGCUAGCCCAGAAACACUUGAAAUCGGUAUUCCAAUUAGAGUUGGGUCUCUCGAUUUUAUCAUUUGCCAAUUAAAUAACUGAGACAUAAAUCUGGGAACAGAGCCACAGAUCUGCCUUUGAGAUGCUGGCUGAUCUCAAGGCCUUCUGUGAUCGGGGGGAGGGGGAUAAACAUUCCCGGUCACGACCACCCCGGUGAAGCGUGCGGCUGGCAGAGUAUCACUCCUCGCCCCGCGCAGCCCUGCUCUGGCCACUCUCCGCGGCAGAGGCUGCCCGUGCUGGCGCUCGCUUGUGGGGCCCCAGCGGCUGUCUUUAGAAGUGGCUCUCGGUGGGAAGGAGUAAAGAUGAGGCCCCUUCCAGAAUCUAGGAUAAUGAGUGUUGUAAUUUGGAGAGUGGAGUUAGGAUUCAUCAUCCAAGAGCAAUGCAGCAUCAUUAAAAUAAAAACUGUGCCUUUUUAAAAGAAAAAAAAAUGCAAAUGUACAGCAGAUCCCUAAACUUGAACCAUUUCCUAGUGCCUUGCUAG